CUGCAUUGGCAGAAAGUCAGCGAAGUAGCAUACGCAUAUGGCUAUGGGUACAUUGUCAAGUCGGGCACGCAGCCAAAGCUAUAUAAACGCACAUCACGAUUAAGAAUUGAAUCAGUUGAGCUUUUCGCCUUGACCAUGUGCCAUCGUAUCUUUGUUCUGUUUGUGCUGCUACUCGCAGCCCUCUUAAGCGUAUGCUGCGCCCUACCGCUUUCAUGGGGGCCCUCAGCCAAUCGUGGCCCCAUUGGGGGACCAGCCUGGAAUGGAGGUGAUGCUGAAACGACUGAUAAUAUUAUUUUGCACUCUAAGGGCGGAAAAUGGCAUUACUAAUUGAUUUGUUAAGUAUGUGUGUGUCACGAGUUGAACAAAUAAAAUUAUAUUUAACCGACACCAUUAAA